AUGCCGCCUCGUCUCAAAGAUGGCGUCGGCGUGGCCGUCCAAGAACGCUGCCUACAGGUCUGGUCCGAGAACCAGGCCCUGCGUAUGUUGCGGCCCAUUGUCGCCGACAUCGACGGAACACAAGCAGAGCGCCUUUACUUUCAUCGCUUUCGUCGCGUAGCAGACGCCGGUCUCUGCAAUCACGUCACGAACCUCACCAGUUUCUGGAGCAGGCUAGCACCGCAGCUAAGCCAUUCUGAUGAGGCCGUGAAGCAUGCCAUCGUCGCCCUCGGCUCUGCGUACCACAUUUACCAGACGGCACCCCCGCCAGGCGGGGAAGGCGGGGAUGGCGCACCGCCGCGGGAACUCGAGAUCUUCACGAUCCAGCAAUACAGCACCGCCAUGUCCAAGCUCUCAAGCUACGCCCACGUACCGAUGAAGGACAGGAUCACCGUCACACUGUUGUGCUGCGUGUCGUUCGUAUGUAUCGAGACGCUGCGCAACAACUGGCGGCCGGCUCUGACGCACCUCACGAACGGUUUGCGCAUCAUUGAGAGCCUUCCCUUGAGCAUGCUCGACAAGCUACGGGAUCCCCUGCUGCCCCGUGACGGGACAGGGGCUACAGAGAGCAUGUCGGGGAUGGAUUACAUUCUCAGACUGUUCGCCACCUGGGAGGUUUCCUGCGCUCUAUUCGCCGAGAAUUUCAAGCCCGUCAUCUCCAUCAAGCUAUACGAGGGACGUGAACUGGACGACACGCCGCUGGACGAGUUUGAAACCAUCAUGCAGGCUCACCAAGCCAUUGUACAGUACACACGCGACGUCUUUGCCCUGGUCUGGUUGACUCGGGAGCAUCAAGGCGACGACAAAUUUUGGUCUCAGCCGCUUCCUUGCCGCCAGCACGAGAUAUUGAUGGACAAGGGCGACUAUCUGACCGGUCUUUUUGAGCGGUUCAUGGAACGGCCCCAGGCCCCCGCAAGCGGCACGGAAGAGUACUACUCCGUCUGUCUAGAUAUGCUUCAUUACAAAUGCGCCAGGCUGCUGUGUCAGACGCUGCACCAGAAGCCCCACCAAAGACGGCAAUCACCAGACAUCGUAACUCAACACGCCGAACUGGUCUCAAUAGCCACUCUUCUGCACCGAGGGCUAGCCGCCAAGCAGCGGCAAACGGACACACUUCCUCGAUCUUUCACUCUCGAUAUUGGUAUCAUCCCACCUCUCUACUUUAUUCUGGUCGCUUGUCAGGACCCGGCGGUGCAGGAAAAGGCUCUUGGUAUUCUGCGAGACUACCCACAAAGGGAAAAUCUUUGGGACGGCAACGCGGUGCGCAACCUACUGGUCACUGUCGAGAAUGUUAGUUACGGACCAGCGCAUCCCUUGAAGGACGUCCCUCAUUCUUUGGCGUUUGGAAAAGGAAUACCCGCUCUCUACGAGAAACUGCAGGAACUGCAUAUCAGGGUUGAAGAGGAUUGA